UCCCCUCCCACUCGAUCCCCUCCGCCGCCGCCGCCGACCACCGAUGACCGUCUCCGGCGAGCCCCGCCGCGUCGUCCUCCUCGUCGACGUCGACCCUCUCCUCCCCUCCCCGAAGGCGAGUGCCCCCACCGCCCAGCCCCUCGCCUCCCACUACCUCGCCGCCGUCCUCCCCGCCGCCACCUCCCUCCUCUCCGCCUCCCCGGCCGCCUCCCUCUCCGCCGCGCGGCUCUUCUUCUCCUCCCUCUCCCCGAUCCUCUCCUUCUCCCUCCUCCCCGGGCCGCUCCCCGCCGCCCCGGCCCCGCUCUCCUUCCACCUCCACGGGGAAACCCUCGCGUCCCUCGCCCCGCUCCGCCGACUCGCGCUCCCGGCCUGCGCGCACCGCCGCGUGCCCCCUUCCUCCUCCAUCGCCAAGUCCAUCCUCCAGCUCGAGCACGACUACCCCUGGGACGACGACCCCGAGUCCAUCCGCCGCCGCCGCGUCUUCCAGCAGACGCCCAAUCUGGUGGUCCUCUUCACGGCCGCCGCGGAAUUCGAGGAAUUCGGGGGAGACGCGGACUUCGGAGGGAGGUUUCGUGGGGUUUUCAGGCCGGUGAGGGACCGGCUGGCGGCGAGGGGCGUGCAGGUUUGCUGGGUUGCCGUCGGCGGCUGCGGCGAGGGGGUUCGGAGGGCGGUGACGGAGCUGGGGUGGUGGUUCACGGCCGCCGAUGCGGUCGCAUUGGGAUCGGCGAUUGCAACUCCGGGGCUUGUGUGGGGAUGCCUUGGGCUUGGGGGUGAGGAAGGUGGAAGCCGUGGGGAGGUCGUGCUCGAGAUCGCCGAUGUGGAGGGCAAGCCACUGGUCUGCAAGGGUUGCGAGGUGGAGGUGAUUGGCUCUACGCCAUGGCGAUUGAGGGGUGAUAGUGUGUUCAAGAUGCAUGUGAAGGCAGUGUGUGAGGUGGGGAAUUGGGAGCAGUUGAUCACCGGGGAUGGUGAUGCUGUCAUGGUGCGUGGUUGCUUUCAAGAGGCCGGUAAGAUUGACGGUGAAGAGGCUGCGGAAAAGGAGUUCUUCGCACAUAAGAUUGUCGAAUUGAUGCUCGGCGAUGAUAAGGAUAAGCUUGGGGGAGGCAAGCCGAUCUGGCAGCUUAUUCUGGUGUUUCUUCAUAGGAAGAACUAUUGUGCAAUGGUUUCAAUUUCCGAUGGGGAUGGGAAUCCUUUAGAUGGUGUUAUCGUGCCUCUCUCGAUGAACUAUGCGUUACUUCAUGUUGCGAAGAAUGGUGCUGGUUUUGGUCAGGUGGUUGCAAAAGGCCCUGCAUUGUUGGAUAGUUGCAUGUCUGAUACAUCAAAGGAGCAGAGUGCGAGGAAGAAGAGAAGCAAGCUGGUCAGUAAGCUAUUUGAGGCGACCACUUGGAUCUCCUUCUGUGAUGUGCUCCUAAAAAGUGCUGAUGGCAGCAUGCCGGUGGUGGACUUGGAAGACUUGUAUUUCAGCAGGUAUGCUGCCACAUCUAAAAAGAUGCGGUUUUUGAAAUGUUGGAUGAAACAAGUGAAACAGCAAUGUCUUAGUACUUCGUCAAGCAUAGUUGCAGUUGCAGAAGAAGAAAAACAUCUUUCCUCAAAAGAUGAGGCAGAAACAAAAAGUCCAGUUUUAGAGGAGGAUGCUUCAGCCCCUCUUGUCAAUUUUUCUGUGGAUGAAUUAGUUUGUGACAAAGAGGACAAACCAAUGGAUGAAAUAAAUUGCAACAAAGUGGAUAAACCAGUGGGUGAUGAGACUUCAGACUUUUCUUCUAUGGAAGAUUUAGAAGCAUUUCUUGAUAGUGUCCCUCAGAAGAUUGAGCAAAGUCUUUGUUCUGAAGAUGCAGAUUUGGGGAAUUUAGCUGGACGCUUGGUUGGCUUAUCUGUUCAUGCACUGAUGAUUAAGCACGGAAAGAUCUCAGUGAGGUACUCUAAUCGUGGGGAAGUAGAAGAUGUUUCUGAUGGAAAAAUUGCCUGUGAAGCUUCCGGUAUUCUGUUGGUGAAACCUAAAGAGCUGGUUGCAAAGUACAAAGACAGAAAUACAGCAUGUGCUACAUCUCAGGAAAUCCCAAAAUAUAGCACAACUUACAAAAUCCGAGAACAUGAACUGCAGAUUUUGCUUAGAAUGGAGAUAAUGAAGUCUGAACUUGGACCUGGUAUCGAGGAAGGUUCCAAACAGAAGAUGAUAAAAGAAAUCUGUUCCCUUCUGCAGUUUAUUGAUAUCAACCUCCAAGGGGAUUCAUUUCAGUCCAAUAGUAUUCUUGAGUUUGCCGAAAAGACUAUUAAGAUCAGGUACAUCGAAUCCAUGGAAGAUGUGAUCAAGAAGAUCUACACCGAGAUGGAGUUCGAUCUGUUCGACGACGAGGUGGAAUGCUCCGAGUCCCUCCCCAGCAGCAGCAACCACGACGUCGACGGGAGCAACAGCCGCCGUCACCGGAGCAACUCCGCACCUCACCUGCUGCGACGCGAUCACGGCGGCGGCAGCAGUCACGAGGAGCGGCUGGCGAGGGCGGAGGAGAGGAGGAACAGGGACCGCAGGCUCUCCUCGUUCACCAGCUGGGUCCCCGACCUCCGCCGCGUCUGGGCGCUCAAGCACCCCGGGAAGGAACCCGCCGCCGCCGCGCCGCCGCAGUCGCGGCAGGGGGCGUCCAAGCGGAGGAAGCGCCGCCGCGCUGCGUGCACCGACAUGGUCUGCGAGACGCCGAUGACGGUGGCCGCCUCGGGGAAGAGGAAGCCGGGCGACGCCGCCGGGUCACUCGCGACGGUGUCCAAGGCCCUCUUCCACGACGACGAGGCGGCGGGCAUUAGCUCGAGCAGCGUCUGAAACCGCCAUUGUUGUUUCGGCCAGGACAUGACACGACACGACGAUGUGCCUCAUGAGGGCAUGCAUGCCGGGCCAGGUGAAGAAAGCUGGGGGGGACUGUGUCAGUGUGUGUUGGUGUGCAACUCUGUGCAUGAUGGCUCACAUCAACGUUACAUCGGUUUCGCAGAUGGCGUCUGCUGCACGACGUGAGAGAGGCGGGGUACCAGGAAACACUUGUCCGUGCUUGGACGUAACGUGUCAUGUACAAGUCCCGGGAAUCCGGAUUCAGAGAUUCUUGGCUUCGAGUGUGCGUUACGCCAAGGUAAACACCAUGACAGGUCAAUGUUGCCAUCUUUUUUUAUGCUACCGUGUUCUUUUAUUAUUUUUACCAAAGAAAAAUACGCUACUGUAUAUAUUACCUUGUCACAUGCGUGUUUACUUUGUAUGCCUCAAAAUAGUUGCGUGUUGUACGUAGUACUUGUAUGCCUAUGUUCCUGGUUUUUACCUCGUUUUUACUCGUGCUAUACGUAGUUACCAGAUUUGUUUGAA